UCUCCACACAAAAAAACCCUCCACAAUGUGAGGAGGUUUUAGGGCUCCAAAAGAAUGAAAAAGAUUAUCGUGUGCUUGUGCGUAGGAGCCGGAGCUGCGUGCUUGCUCGCCCUGAGGAAGCUCGUCUCGAUUAGCGCAGUGGACGCAUCAGCCGAGAUUAUCUACGUCGUCGCGAAAUCCAAGGAGCUUGUUCCUCCUGGAAAGCUCAAGCUCCCUGAGAAGGCUGCUCUCGUCGCGUUGAUCCCUCCAGGAAAGCCAGCCACUGGCUCCUUUCGCGUCGCGGAUUUUGUGAGUCGAUUGAGCGCCACUAUCUAUGGCAGGCUCUUAUACUAUGGACCGCGCAUGCCUUCUACACAGACAUUCCUUUCUCAGAACGCUCAUUCACUCCCGAUUGGAACCGUGUGUGUUUCCGACGUUCAGUACCAAGGAAAAGGUCGAGCAGGAAAUUCUUGGGUGUCUCCGGACGGAUGUUUGAUGUUUUCGUUUACGUUGCAAAUGGAGAAUGGACGAACAGUGCCUUUUGUCCAGUACGUUGUCUGCCUGGCCGUUGUGCAGGGAAUCGAAGCGGCUGCUCGAGCUAAAAAUGCGACGAUUCCGGACGUAAGGAUCAAAUGGCCCAACGAUCUGUAUAGUGGCAACUUAAAAAUUGGAGGAGUCUUGUGUUCGUCAACUUAUAGCUCCAAAACUUUCUACAUCGUUGCUGGGGUUGGCCUCAACGUGGACAAUGACGAGCCAACGACGUGUUUAAACUCCGUCUUAGCCCGAUUGGAUUCGAAAGCGACUCCAUUUGCGAGAGAAGAGCUGCUCGCUACGAUUUUGGAGAGCUUUGAGAAACUGUUUACGACGUUCACAACACAAGGAUUUAGUGCAUUGGAACUCAUGUACUACGAAAAGUGGAUGCACAGUGGACAGAAGGUGAUUUUAGAAGACGACAGAGUUUCGGUAGUGAUCGAGGGUUUGACUCCGGCUGGUUUCCUCCUCGCCUCGGACGAUGCUUUCAACAAGUACGAGCUUCAUCCAGACGGCAACAGCUUGGAUUUCUUCAAGGGACUCGUUCGAAGGAAGCUCCCUGGCUCAGCGCAAUAAAAAGUCAUGACAAUGUUUUUGGAUUUAAAGGCGGAUCGUCAGCACGUCCAAGCCACGAUUCUCCAAACUGUGGAGGAGGAUCAAACUCUCGAGCAGCGCGGUUGGAAACUUUAGAACACACUCGGGGCUCCGCCGGUUGGAGAUUCGUUUCCUGUGCAGCAGGAAUUUGAUACAACAAAAAAAAAAGGUGGAGUUUUUGCGUCUUGGAGAAUGUGUAUAUAUAACAACAUGGACAAAUCUAGACAGCCGGUUCGUGGUGGUAA